GAGACUGUCGGAGCUCCCUUUGAAGGGCAUACCAAGGACGUCACCGGCCUAGCACUUUCAUUUUAUCACGCUCUCCUCGUCAGCGCGUCCUUUGACAACACCAUCAAGCUCUGGGAUUAUGAGUCCCGCCAACUUCUCGCUUCCUUCAACGUUCAAAAUCCUCGGGCCCUUAUCCUCUCACCUGACUCACGUCAGCUAGCUUACACGACAAACACCAAAGAUGAUUACAAGAUCUGCAUCUGUAAUACUCCACCUGACGUCCUUGUUCAUACCAGUACCAGUGCACACAAAAAGUCAGCCCGCAGUGUUUUACUAGAUUCUGACGCAACUUGUCGUCGUCCUGCUAGGUGCCGCAAACCACCAACAUCUGUAAUACCUAUGGCUCCAGGACCUCCGCCUCCAAUAGACUCGCAGCAACCCAUUUUUAUUCGCCUCAGAAAAUUUCUUCACUUCUCUCCUCGCACAACCACAGGACACCCUGGUGGGAACGGUCAAACUCGUGAUCCAUUAGAUUUCCCUGCUACAUCACCCUUACCUCUCAAUUGCCCUCGUGCAAACAGUCCUCCAUCAACUCCGUUGCCCGGUGCCAGGGCCUUUUUCAAUCAUGUUCGGUCGCCGUCCGACAAGGGGAAGCAAAAGGCGCGCGAACCAAAAGGCACAACUGUAAAAGUUGUCGAUGUUCCACUUGGACAAGCUACCUACCCCGAUGUUGUCGGUGUGGACGACGGGCAACGACCAUAUGUUCUCUUCUUUUGCCUCAGCUGGUUCCAGAAAAAGGAGAAGAAGCCGGAACCUCGGCCAGUCUAUGAUGACGAACUCGAGGACGACGAAAAGGACGGAGAUGUUCUUGAUACAGUCACCCUGCCCCCCAGGGACCAGCACGAAGACAUUGAAUUGAAAACAAUUAGUCAGUCGCAACCAGAAGCAGGACCAUCUCGCCUGGUCGAAGUCGCUCUCCCACGGGAGACUGAGAUCGCGCCGAUAAAACCAGGUUGGACCACUUGACGAUCAAACCGCAAGGGAGUUUCACCGUCGAUUUAUGGAGGUGUAGAAGACAUACAUCUCGGGAUCCCCCACAAACCAAUGCAUCUCGAUUGCUUGGUAAAGUGGCUCUCCCACUGUGAUCGAGAGCUACGCGUGUCAAAACUAUUGCUCGCAUGGGAACAUCUUCAAACCCAGUAUAUUUACUCCGCGGUGCGGGGUCGGCGAAGGAAUUUCCAUUCUUGCACUGCCAAUGGACCAACUGAUGAUACUGUAUCUUUGUGAAGGCCGCGAACCAUUUUAUGGGUUCCGGAUAUCUUUAGAGAGGUCUUCAAGAAACUGGAGAACGAGAUUGGCGUCAGCACGUAAUAAUUCCCCGAUCUAAAUCAUUCUUGAGACACGAGUGAGCGAUAAACAUAGUAUGUAGAGACAGAAGCAUUCGCCUUGAACACGAUACCUAGCGCCUCGCUUAUGCAUUGGCU